AUGGUCUCAUUCAAACUCGUCGCCUGUAUCUUAGCAUUUUUAUUGGUUGGAUCAAUUGUUGCCGAAGCCAGACGAUCUCGAUGUGAUAAACAUGAACAUUUCGACCGAUGUGGUAAACCAUUAUCGUGUCAAAGCUCAUGUGAACAAAUUCGGGGACGAAUGUGCCAUGCUGCCUGUGUUCCCACAUGUAUGUGCAACGGUGAUCGAGUUCGUGAUCGAUUCAAUAAAUGUGUUCGCCCUCAUGAAUGCCGACGAGUUCCUCAUUUAUUUUAA